UUUCGCGGUCAGAGCAAGUUGAUCAACUGCUGUUCAACUGGAAACAUGUUAUUUAGUUUCUCCAAGUUUUUAUAUCAAAUUAAAUGUCAAGUGACGAGUAUAAGUGUUCAAAAUACUUUGAGAAACGGUCUACCGUCUUGAUCAAGUGCUAAAUUAGUUGUUUUUUAUAGUAAAUUUAAGGAGAAGUUUGUUUAAUUUUGUGACCAUGCCGAAAGGAAAGCGAAAGGGAAGGUUUGAACGUGGCCGUAACGACGGUUCUAUCAACUCCUCUGAUGAUGAAUCUAAUGACAAUGUGAGCGUUGUUAGUAAUUACUCAGAAAACAGAAGCACAGAAGAAUGUGAAGAAACUGAAAUAUUAGCCCAAGAACAAUUUGAAGAGAAAUUGUCCGAUUUUCUCGAUGGGCUCACCCAAAAAUCUUCACAGGGCAGAACGAACUGCUUUCAGUCACUCACCAAAGCAUUUGUCAAAAAAUAUAUGCCGAGUUUCAUCCGAGAUAGGAAUUUCACAAUCUGUGAUGGCAUUGAGAGAAGUUUGAAAAAAGGUGGUGGUCCAGAAAAGACGGCUGCCGCUGAGUUGGCAACUGUAAUUUGUGUUCAGUUGGGAGCUGAGGUUGCUAGUGAAGAAAUCUACGAUCUACUCAAACCUGUGUUACUUAUCAUCGUAUGUGACAAUUCUGUAGCAGCAGCAGUCAGAGCAAAAUGUUGCAUUGCAUUGGGUAGCAUUACUUUCCUAACUAGUGGUGAAAUUGGAGAUGUGAUGAUUCUCAUGCAGCAGUUUGAGUCCAUUUUUGCUGGGAGUUACUUAAAAGGUGAUGGAACCAUACCAAAUAUCACCCCUGAAACUGCUACCCUCCAUGCAGCUGCGAUUAAUACCUGGAGUUUACUUUUCACGCUGAUGAGCCCUGGAAAUAUCGGAACUAUGAUCAACAACUCGAAGAAUCUACCAUCCCUUGAAAAGCUGUCGGAACUCCUAGCUUCAACACACUUAGAUGUCAGAAUGGCUGCUGGGGAGGCAUUGGCUUUGAUUUACGAGUUGGGUAGAGAAGAGAAUGAAGAUUUUGAAGACGAUUUUGCCCUAGACCUUCUAGAAACUCUAAAACAAUUAGCAACAGAUUCACAUAAAUACAGAGCCAAGAAAGACAGGAAACAACAACGGGCCACAUUCAGAGAUAUUCUGCAAUUCAUUGAGAAUGAUACAGUACCUGAAAUACAAGUCAAAUUUGGCAAAGAAGUUUUACUCCUGGAUACUUGGACAAGAAGGAAACAAUAUGAAACAUUGUGCAAUAUUCUUGGGCCGAGCAUUAAUAUUCACCUUACAGAAAACUUCUUGCUCCGCGAUAUAUUCGAAAUAUUGGAACCGCCACCUACAAACGAGAUAGGAGGUCUUGCUCAACAUCAGAUGGAACGAUUCAGGAAACGCUUAUUGAAUGCAGCGAAUUUCAAAGCAAGAACGUUAUCGAGAGCCAAGAAUAGGGAUAAGCGAUCUGACUUCUGAAAUGUAAAUUACCUCCUGGUAUAUUUUUGUUGAAUUUAUUUAUUUAGCACAAUUUUUGCUAUAGUAAAAUAUAUCUGUAAUUGUUUGCUAUUUAUUAAAUUGAUUGAAGUAGCAUAAUGUUAUUGUGUUUAGAUUUUUUGCAGUGAUUUUUACAGUUAUGACAUGAUAUUCAAUGUUUUUUGUGAGUUUGUUAACGGAAAUUACAAGUUAUUUUCAGGGCAGUUUCUCUGUUUUUAUUUUCCCUAUCAACAAUAUCGAAGGCAGUGACGUUACUCCAUUCACACAAUAACAAGGUUAAAUUAUGAAAUUUCAAACUUAACAAAAUAAAUAUCUGAAAAUUGCUGUUGGUCGACAACCACUAAAACAUAGACAGUGAUUCUCAAAACUGAAUUAUCAAUUAAAUACAUAAUGGAACAAUAUUCUAUCAGUUUCACCCUAGAAUUCAAUACACCCUGUGACCAAGAUGAAGCUGCACGGGGAUAUUUGAAACGAGAGGAGAUACGAAAUUGGAUGAAUGGGAAAAAAUUUGUGCAUUCAGAGGGUCAUUCCAACAGCUCUCCUAAUUUUUCAAAAUUGUUCUUAGUUUUUCAAAUAUAUUGAAAAAAGUUAAUUUUUGGAAAAUCUAUCUCUUUUUCUUUCUACAUUAUUAUUAGAGAGAUAAAGAAAAACUGAAAAUACUCUUCCAUAGCAACUUUUAGUGAGAUUUAACGUGAAAGUAUUUACUGAAAAGUAAAUGAAAUAUUUCACUGAAUUAUUCAAUGCAGCGCUUCAAAUAUUUAAUGGUGAUGGAUUCUUACACAAAUUACCUUGAAACCUAAACUUCAAAAUUAUAUUCAUCAUUUUCUAAACAAAGAUCCUCUUAUUACAGUUUUUUCUAAGGCAUUUGUAAGCAUUUAUGGGGCAAUACUAUUGAAUGCUUCAAUAACAAUAAUGUCCCUCAGUUCUUCGUUUUCAAAAUUAAUUGAGUGAACAAAGUUUUCAACGUAUCCCAAAAGAAAAAAUCCAGCGGUGUCCAGUCAGGCGAUCGCACCGGUCAAGAAAAUGUAGAACAAGAUCAGUUAUCAAGGAAAUCCGUGUAAGAAUCCAUCAACAAUUUGUUGUGCUACAUUUAAUAAUAAUUUUUGAAAUUUUAUUUUUCAGUAUUGAAUGACUACUCCAUCAAUGUUUGACACUGAAUGAUCAGAAAUAAGUGGAACUGAUGGUAUUUCCUCUUUGUAAUUUCGGAAAAACAUUGAAAAUGGUUAAAACUAGGUCGAAACACAUUCAAACCACUUUGAUGAAUACAUGGUUGAAUUCCGAAUAAAAAAGCUAUCAGAACCUAUGAACAGAUAAGCAGAAGUAGAUGAUGGUUCUUCGAAUAGAAAACGUUGCUUAGAGAAAUAAAGUGCUCCACAUUUGAAGUGAGACGAGCGAAUAUUUUGUUUGUUUUCGCACCGAUAUUUGAUUUCUUUUGGGAUUCGGAUUGCUCAGUCGAUUGGGUAUAGCAUAAUUUUCUUACGUUUAUCCACCUUUUCGGAAUCAUGACCUACAGGAUGAUAUCUGAAAGUGUGAUAAUUUUAGAAAAGUUUGAAGUUAGUAGGAUAAUUUUUUAAUUUUUUUUUACUGCAAAAACAUGAAGCCUGAUGUGUUUUCUCAAAAUGGUUUAGAAUUCAUCAAGAUCCAUACAGAAUGUUUCGAGAUAUGCAAUUUUGAACAACAUAUGGAUUUUCGAAUCGUUUGGAUUCCUUAAAUUCAUUGGUUUAACCCCUCGGUAUAGUCUCAUGUUGUCUGGAUAUUGUUUUUAUGGUGAAGUGUUUCCAAAAGGAUUGGACUUAUGAUGCCACAGAGGCACUGCGAGCGCUGGAUGACAAAAAAUUGUGAAUCCUUCUCUUGGAAUACGUCAAAUUGUAAUUUUCUGGGAAGAUAUCCACAGAAGAUGAAUUCCAAAGUGACGAUGUGCUAAAAAAAACAUUGUAACACGAUGUUCUAGGUGUUUAAAUUCUGACUGAAUAAGGAUGUGAUAUUUCAGCCAGUCGAACCGAUAGUGCUAGUUGAGCUUUGUAAAGGCAUCAGUCGCUGCGGUGUGAAGUACCUACUUCUUGGCGCGAAAGAAAUAUCUCAGCCUCCGUGAAACUGCUUCAGCAAUAUUUGCGACAUACUCGUGCCAAGACAAACUGUUAGUUCGUAGGGAGGAAUACAAUGUUUUUCAUUGUUGCUCCAGUAGUAUAGUGGAAUUUUGUUUCCUUUAGAAAUGUGAGAUUUCUCAUCAUCAUGAUGAUAAUUUCACAACAACAAUAAUAUGUUUUUUUUAUGUUAAAUGAUUCUGGCUAUAAAUACAAUAUUUUGUAGAAUAUUACAUUAAUCUGCAUAAUUGUGACUGAGACAAUAGUCAAAGCUCGUCAAAGCUCAUUAGGAUGUAUUUUUCAGAGGAUGAAAAUUAUGAGAAUUGAUGAACAUACCACUAAGAGAAUACAGAUAAUAUGUAACACAAUAUUUUUUAAUGAAGAAAAAUCAACAACGGAAGUUUUGAAGUAAUGCACUUAUCAAUAUUUUGUUACGAGGUGCUAACUCUUCUCUUCUCGGCAUACUGCUUGUCAAGUCCAUUCUUUCAAUGUUAUAUUGUCUCAGAACUUCGGUGACAAUUCUCGCACGAUGUGGUCGUGCAUUAUCAUCGACCAGUACGAAAUGGUUCUGAGCCCAAACUCUUCGAGCUAUCCUAUGGUUCAGCUUUAACAAAGUACAAGAUGUUCUUCCUUCUAGCUCUCAGAUUGCGCUCAUGAAGCCUUCUUCUGAUUGUCUCAUAUGAGACAACAACUCCCCUUCCAUUUCAUAGUGUCCAGUUCAGUUGGCCAGCAGUCUGUGUUCGAAGACGACGUACCGAAGUAACUAAGAAAUUAUCAUUUCCCAGACAACAUGCGACUAUACUGAGGGGUUAACCAAUGAAUUUGAGUUAUUCAAACAAUUCGAAAAGUCAUAUGUUUUUUAAAAUUGCAUAUCUUAAAACAUCCUGUUUGGAUCAUGAUGAAUCCGUAACAAUUUCGGGAAAACACAUCAGGCUUCAUGUUUUUGCAGUCAGAAAAAAAUUUAUAAAAUUAUCCUACUAACGGGGCGAACUUUUCGAAAUUUUUUUCAGAUAUCAUCCUGUUGGUCAUGAUUCCGGAAAGGUGGAGAAACGUAAGAAAACUAUGUUAUACUAUGUUCAACUAUGUUAUAUCCCAUCCAAAGUUAUUAUGGUGCGAAAACAAACAAAAUAUUCGCUUGUCUCACUUCAAAUGUGGAGCAGUUUAGAUAUCACCACGUUAAAUCCCAUCAAAGUUUAUAUGGAAAAUAUUUCAAGUUUUUCUGUAACUCUGAUAAUAACGUAAAAAAAUAGAUUCUCCAGAAAUGUAUAGUUUUCCAGUUACAAUUUUGAAAAUGUUCGGAGGCCGUUGGUAUGACCCUGUGAAUGCGCAACUUUUUUACUCAAUUGAAUUCAUAUCUUCACUCGUUUGUGAAAUUCCCAUUCUAUGCAACCUUAUCUUGAUCACACUGUAUUUAUUACAUGGGUGUAGUCUUUCGUAAGUCAGUUAGCAAGGAAUGUCCACCACGUGCUAUUAGUAUGUUUGAACUAUUGGCAGGACAUUGAUAAUACUAUACAUAUAAUUCUCCAUGUUCUGAUGUUCGAAUUCAUCAUACUAUACCACCGUGCAGUGACUUCAACCAAAUUAUAGAAAAUUAUAAAAAAAAACAUUUAACAAAAAGAUAGAAUUACUUUCACAAUAAUUAGUAUUAUGCUUUUGCAAUCUAUGACAAUCGAAAUGAUUCAAAUCAUUCCUAUUUUCGAAUUACAGUACCUAUAGUUAUUUUUGUAUCUAGUGCGUGAAAUGCCACUGGUGAUCGAGAAAAAAAUAUUCGAGAUGACCAAGUAUUUCGCGACGAGAUGCAAACAAUUGUUUUUCUACAAACGUAAAAAAUAUAGUUCUGAAGUAGUAAUAUGCAUAGCUAAACAUGAAAAAAUGGUGUUGAACUGGCUUAAAAAGGCCUCCCCUAUCCACUCUAGGUACGCACGAUGUUCCACAAACAUUAUAGGAAUUUCCUUUCGUGCAGUCCAAGAGAUGAAAAAAAUAUUGUAAAACGUUCAGAAAUAAAUGAUUUCUUGAAUGUUUUCCCAAUUGAGGACCAUAAAGUAAAAUUAUAAAAAUCUUAUAUUUACAUACAAUGCGCGAAGUAUGUACUUCGCACACUGCUUCGCCCAUGGUGUCAUGAUAACGUAAAAAACUGAAAAAAAAAGUGCCACUUCGCAAUUUGUCAAUGCGCGAACCUUGUCAUUUUCGACGUUUGUAGAAAAAUAAUUUGUAUAACAAAAAUCAUUGAACAGUUCAUUAUCAUUGAGUUUAUUGAUGAAUAGUUCAUCAUUCAUGACUUUUAUGACAUGCUCUUUUCCAAUAUUGUUGAGAAAUUUUGAGAGUAUUCCAAUUCGCGUUUCAGGUAUUUAUACUGAUUUUUCACUAGUAGUGGGUGUCUCACUGAAACAUACCAAAUUGAAUAAUUUCUAUACCUGGUUAGAAAAAGCCAAUUCAUAGGGUGAAUAUACCGAGUUAUUCACGUUAUUCGACACAAAAUAUUGUGGCUAAAGAAUAUAUUUUCAUGUUGUUUUAGAAUGAAGCGCUAAUAGGUGUCUAUCCAUCCUAAAGAAAAUACUUAUACAAUCAAAUUCUUUAGCCACAAUGCUUCGUAUCGAAUAACGUGAAUAACCCGGUAUACAUAAAUACACAAACUGACUAUUAAACGCAUCGACACCUGAAGUUAUGACAUCUUCGAGAAAAAAAUAUAAUGGGGCAGACCACUGAUUUUUUAAAACGACAUAAUGAUGAGCUCUAUACCAGUAAAUAUAUUUUUGAAUUUUCUCAUUCAUACCAGAGCGAUAAAAAAUGUUUAAAUCAAAACACACACUGUGCCAUUUGAAAUGAUGUCGAUGUGUGUGUGUAUGUGUGUGUGAGAGAGAGUAUUGUGUGAUUAUAUUAGUCCCAACACCUAUUGUACUUGAGCUGACCAAUCACACUGCAGAAUGGCAAAGGACCAGAGAGAGAUAGCUAUAGUUCGGGGCUGAUACGGUUACGGUUCCACCAUUAUAUCUGACUUUUUGAAAUAUCGCUAUUGGUACGAUUCCUUUCAACUUUAACAUUUACAUUAGAUGUGAAACAUGAUUCAUCGAUUGAAAGAGGUUGAGAUAAAUUUGAUCCCUCAAUGGUCUUCCCCAUUAUACUUAAAUCGAAAAUGUCACAGACGAUUAGUCAUUGUUGCCAUAGUAUUUUUUUAAUUGGACACCCGAAGAAUUAUUGAACGAUACCGUGUUUGAUGGGAGUACGUUGAACGACUUCGAUGAUAUAAUGAGCGAAAAACUCGUCCAUUUUACCCAUGAUCGAGUGUGAUUCUGAGUAGUGUUAUGAAAAGGCUAUUGCAACUUGUAUGAAGAUAGUGUGAUUUUCAGAAAGAUGGAUUUACGAUUGGAAUAUAUCAUGUAUAAUCAACCAAUAAAUUCCCAGAUAUCAGAUGACUGCAGCACAGUUGGAGUGAGACACCCACAGAAUGUAUUUUAAGAGAUUUACAAGAUUAAUCCAUAUGAAUCCCAUAAAUAUAUAUACAUCAUAUCUCAAAAAAUGACUAUCAAAAACACCUCAUCUAAUAUCAAUAAAUGGGAGCAAAUAUAGGCAUACCAGAUUACCAAGACAUAAAACUCAAAAGAGUAUCAUCAGCAUGCUAGAGUACUUAUUGAUACAAUAUCGAAUAUGUGAAUAAGGCAACAUUCAUUUAUCAUUACUACUUUGAACAGUUAUUAUGUGAUAUGGCAUUCUGUUGAUUUAAUUCAUUAGUGACAUACUCCCAAGAGUUCACUGUAGCCUGAUAGUAAUUUAUCUGUUUGUUCACAAAAUCUAGUAAUAUCUUCUUCAAACACUGUUGUUUUUCUCUCUGCCACCUAUCUAGGUCACUUCGUAAAGAUUCAUUAGCACAUUCGAGGUUGUCCUGGUUUUUUUCAACUUUUUUUAGUAAUUGUGGAAUGCUGGUACCAAGUUUUUCCAAUUUAUCAUCACUACUUGAUUGUUUCCAAAAAGAAAAACUACUGCUCGCAGACUGGGACGGAUCUUGAGAAAUGGCAACCAG